AUGGAGGAAGCUAAAGCAAUCACAGAAGAUCUUUCAAAUACUGCUAAUGACCACACAAAUACUACCACCGCUCCUUUAGACGGUAGUAAUAAUAACAACAACAAUGAUCAAGGUGAAUUGGCUGGUGCAAAUACCGGAUGUAAAUGCUGA